CCUUAACUCUCCCAGGUCAAGAUGGCGGACGGAAUUAAUUUCUUGCCUUAAUACAUACAUAUGAUGGCAACUAAAAUCAAGCAAUUUAACAGUAAGGAAGAGAUGACGUGUCUUUUAACUUGAAGUCAAACAGGAGGUCACGAGAAUUGCACAAGGUAGGAAAAUCGAUUGAGUAAGGAUUAAAUCAGCAACAGUACUCAGAAAUGACUUUAAUAAUUUUUUUUAACGACGUUGGAGAAAAGUGUUAAGUUCAGAAUUGAAAAAUUUACUGCUAGAAAUGCUCUUUUAAAAUUUUGAUUUCGAGUAAAGUAGCCCCAAUAAACAGCAUAACAGGUGACGGUCUUGAGAAUCCAAAAUGGUUGCCAUUCUCUAAGCGACCAUAUUAUAAACAUCAUUAAGAUAUUUUCUCAAAGAUAUGUUUGUUCGCUGAUGAUGCCUAAAUUUACAGCACUAUUAAAUCAACUAAUGAGGUGUCCAUAGUUCUAUCAGACAUAAUAGCACCACUUCAUAAUGAGAAAAGUGUUCAAUUUGGUCACCCACCACGUCUCUUAAGGCUUAGAGCUGUGUAAAAAUCUCAACUGAAGUCAAGAUAUAAAUAACACUAAACUUCUACAGCAAAACCUGAUCAGUUACCUUAAGCACGGUGUAACCACUUGAACUGUUUGAUAUUCGAACUUUAUCAAACCGAAUCAAACUUAAUCAAAUGACUGGGUUUGAUUAAGUUUGGUCAUUGAACACAAUCUUACCAAAAAAUUUAUUUGCGUGACAUUAGGUUUGAGUGUGUGAGACAUAAAAGAAUAACUAUUUUCUCUAUAACCUUCAAGGACUAAAAGAAGUUGCUCGGCAAAUUGUUAACAUUGUGACUUCACUAAUCAAUUAAAAAAAGUUUAACUACAACAUUUUAGUAAUAAAUAACAAGAAAUCUUGAACUGUUUUGAGACUCUUUUUCAGAAGUCACCACAAAAGGGAAUUAUUCCUUUUUUUCCUUCUUAAAUUAAACAGAUUUCAGAGAAGCCCUACAAUGAUUCACAAAGCACUACUAUUUUCCAAUGACCUAGACCAUGCACUGUUUUGUGGCUUUGGAAUUCUUGUUUCUGUUUAUGCUCUUUAUGUGGAGACCAGAAAACACAAAGAUAGCAGAUACAGGGCAGCAUGUGAUUUUGGUGAAAAUAUGAGUUGCUCUCGUGUGCUUACUUCAAGGUAAGUAAACUCAAAGUACUUUACAAUCAUUUUGAGUGCCUUCUUGAUGUAUUAUGUUCAGAUAUCGUGGCUCUUGUAUUGCAGUCUUUAUUGGUAAGUGCAAAAAUAUACUGUUUCAGUCCUAACCCAGACAGCACGACCAUAGCUUAGAUAAUGAUGAUAAUGGUAUGGGCCUAGUUGUUUGAAAGGUUGAUAAUGCUAUCAACUGGAUGAAUCUCUAUCCCUGGGAUAACGCAGUUGGUUUCCCUACUACUUAUCCACUAAAUAAUAGCGAUUUAUCUGUUGGAUAAUGUUAUCCGAUGUUGGAACAACAGGGACCUGGACAAUAUUUACUCUUAAUUAUAUUUUGAUUAAGGCAUGAGCAAGGCUUGGCAGAGGGUUGUUGGCUACUCCAAAGUAAAAUCUAACAAUAGUUUUACUAGCAAAAGGAGUUUUUUCGAAAGUAAUGUUGAACUCAUACCCACUGUCAUUCUUAUCUGCCUGAGCAAAUAAUUGAUAAAAGAAAUGUCUUGCUUUAGCUCAAUAGUUUGUUAUAAUUACUUUUAAAUCCUAUGUGUUUAUCUUGUUUUGCUUUAUAGCUACAGUAAAGGUUUUGGAGUGGUUGAGAUCUUGCUUGGCAAGGAGCACUUUCUAAACAUGCCAAACUGUAUUUUGGGUAUAAUCUUCUACGCCAUGCAGUUAAUUCUUGGUGAGUAACAAGAGUUUCUGGUUUUCUCCUCAAAAUAUUCAUGGCUUUCAUAGUCUAGACAUUUGCGGUCUUUAAGAAUAAUGUCAAUGAGUUGAGCCACACCGAAAUUGAUCAUUGAAGAUGAAAAUUUUUCAUAAAUUUCCUAUCCCCUUGCAUACUGGAUCAGUCUGUCCUGGCAGGUCAACACCAAGUCUUAUUAUAUUGCCACAAUAGUACAUGCUGUGAUUCGCUGCUAAGCUAAAUAGGCAUAAUUUUCUUGUAAUGACCAGGCAUUACGAGCUAGGUGUCCAAGGCAUAUACAAUGUGUGUUUAAUUUAAUAGUGGACAUCCUUAUGGACAUCGAUGUUAUGGUCAAUUGACAGCUGUCAAAAAGGUACCACUGACCUAUGUCACAUGCCUGUAUCACAGGCUCAAGUUUGCAACUCAUUGAGGUGAAAUGUUUUUUAAAGUUAUCCGCUGACCAGUUAUUGAUUUUAAUUGAUCACAGGCUCAGGUCCAUAAUGAAAAGGCCAUAUAAUAAAAAACUUAUUAACCUUGUCUGUUGACUGCAAGCAGUCUCUUAUUUUCCUUUUGAGUCACAGUAGAUCGAGAUCACAGUAGAUUGCCCCAAUCUCUCCUCCUUUUACCAUUAAUUCGCAUAAUUUCAUUUUUUGGCUUGCCACAUGUGGCUCUGAGGAAAGAAGGUCAACCACUUGCGGUCUACCUCGUUCGUUCAGCCAUUACGGGGAAAUCUCAGACCUUGGCCUGUAAUGACCCCACUCUCUGUAAAUAAGUGGUAUAUAUUCCAGAAUUUUCCAUCUAAAGACUUUUUUUGGUUAAUUUUCAGGUAUGACAUCCUUUGCUGGGGUUCCUGCUGUACUCUUUCUGACAUCUAUAAUAUCAUGCAUUGGAUCAGCUUAUCUCGCAUUCAUUCUCUUUUUUGUGUUGAAAGACCUCUGUUUGGUCUGCAUCGCAACCUACGUAGUAAAUGGUGUCUUGAUGUACCUCAACUAUCAGAUAUUCUUUCAUUAA